CCAGUAUGUAGAAAAAUAGCUUAAAGAUCAACGUUUCCAAUGGUGAAAUUGUUUUAUCAAAUAAAAAAUUACUGGUGCCUCAAAAAAAUGUGUAAAAUAUUUUUGGAACAACCCUCGUAGGUGAACUCGACCUCAGUCCGUUGGCGACUCUGCUCAAACGGGCGUGGAAAAUUCCAAGAGGAUAAAAACAUAUAAACCAACCUUGGCACUGCGUUGGGGUGCAGCGGGGGCAGGGAUGAUUUCCAUGACACGUGUGACAGCUGUAGAAUCAGCAUAUCCAAAAGAUGACAAAUUCAGCGUGGGUUUUUGCCAAUUUGUCGUCAAUUUUGCGUACUUUUCGAGCGGAUCUUGUUUUGUGUUACUCGGUAAACUAUAAUAAACACGUCCGUUAUCAACUUCGAUUUGAAUCCGUGAUAUAAUAAAUAAACAUAUUAUGUGAACUUGGCCUCAGUGCGUUACCGACUGCACAAACGCGCGUGGAAAUUUCCAAGAGAAUAAAAAAAUACAAAUCAGCCAUGGCACUGCGUUGGGGUGUUGCCGGCGCGGGGAGGAUAUCCCACGACUUUGUGACAGCCGUACAAUCAGCAUAUCCCAAAGAUCACAAAUUCACAGCAGUCGCAGCAAGGUCACAAGAAAGUGCCAGCAAGUUCGCUGAGGAACAUGAUAUACCAAAGGGAUACGAGGGGUACGCGAAAUUAGCUUCCGAUCCUGAAGUAGACAUCGUAUACGUGGGCAACCUGAACACGCAGCACUUCUCCACGUGCAAACUAAUGUUGGAGCAUGGCAAGCACGUCCUAUGCGAGAAACCGUUCACUCUAAACGAAAAGCAAACAAGGAGGUUGAUAGAGAUCGCCAGGUCCAAGAAGUUGUUCAUCAUGGAGGCCGUUUGGUCGAGGUGCUUCCCCGCCUAUAUGGAAGCGAAGAGGAUCAUGGACAGUGGAGAAAUCGGAGACGUGAUGUUUGCUUCGGUACAUUUUGGGCAUGCGUUGCAGCAUGUUGAGAGACUGACAGCCGUACAAAUGGGAGGAGGAGCUAUUUUGGACCUUGGCGUAUACAUGCUGCAGUUCCAACAGUACGUCUUCAGGAACUUGAGGCCUUCGAAAGUAUCCGUAAAUGGGCAUCUGAACAGUGCCGGAACAGACGAAUCUUGUGGAGCUGUCAUCACCUAUCCAGAUGGGAAAAUGGCUGUUGUCAGUACCUCUGCUAGAGUCUCAUUGCCUAAUGAAGGCGUUAUUGUAGGAACUAAAGGGACAUUGAAGUUGCCUGAUUUCUGGUGCCCUACGAAACUGAUCACCCCAAAUGGAGUAAAAGAAUAUCCACUUCCAAGGUCUAAAGUGCCUUACUUGCAUCACAACAGCGCUGGUCUGUGUUACCAAGCUGAAGAAGCGCGAAAAUGCAUUCAAUCAGGUCAGAUUGAAUGUGAACAUAUGACACAUGCGGAAACAAUAGAACUGGCAAUGCUCAUGGAUCUGCUGCGAAACGAGAUGGGCGUCGUUUUUCCAGAAGACUCACAAGAAUUUUAAAGUGUUUAUAAUUAUUUUCGAAUAAAUUUUAUUUUGAAAUGUAAUUUUUUAGUAUCUCAAAUUCAAAUCAAAGGUAAAC